ACUUUUAUCAGGCCAUGUUCCAACUUGUGCUGCUAAGUUGUCUUUUAGUUCGGAUACACAGUAUACGAGAUAGCGGCUUUUACUUACUGGAUGAAAACAAGGAGUACACUAACAAUGGACUUCUCAUUGCAGACAAGAUCUCUCAUCAUAUGAUAGGUUCAGUGUGUGAUGACAACUUUGACGACACGGCAGCCACCGUGAUCUGUAGGGAGAUGAAAUUCAACACUUCUAUAUCCUUCGCUUCUGGGUCCAACACGGAGUACACUAGCUGGAGGAUGAAGAAAGACUUUGAUAUCGUACUAGACGACAUUACUUGUGAAGAUCCAGAUUUGCCGUUCUCCAGCUGUUCGAUAGUAACAGAGCACGACUGCCAACACAAGCACGAGCAGGUGUUCCUGUGGUGCGGGUGUACCCCUGGUGAUUAUGUGCGGCCCCAAUAUAAGGGUUGUGCUCCGUGCCCUGAGCAAUCUGUGGGGUCUCAGGAUGACAUCAUGUCUUGUGUUUGUGGGGUGGGGACAGUCUGGGAGUACGAGGCUUGUAACGAAUGUCCAGUAGACACGUACAAAGACGCUGUAGACGAGUCAGCGUGUCAGAGCUGUCCGGAACACUCCACCUCUGAACCAGGAGCCGAGAUCUGUACAUGUGAUGCGAGCUAUUUCUGGAACAACGGGAACUGCUUCAAGUGCCCUGCUCACACUGUUAGUUCUAGGGGCAGCAAGGCACUUAUAGAGUGUAUCAGUUGUCCGAGUGGAAGUUCCCCGAUACACGGCAGUACAGCGUGCAGCUGUGCAGCAGGGCUGUACUGGAACACUACACACUGUACCACGUGUGGUGUUAACACUUACAGUACACAACACUCUACUGCCUGCUCUCAGUGCCCGCAGAACACUGUGUCUGAAGCUGGAUCAGCACACUGUACGUACUGCCCACAAGGUCAUGUUUGGCAGGACUACUCCUGUGUUAGCUGUCAGGACCUGGAUCACGACUCCUGUCCGAGAUGUCCUCCAGGGUACAGCAUCACUCCAGGUAACAUGUGUAUAGAAGACAGGGUGCCCGGACCCGAGAAACACAAGGCUGCUGCUAAGAACUGGUCCACAAUAGUGCUGGGAAUUGCACUUGUUGUGUUAUUAGCAUUCGUUAUUAUUCUAGUCUUCAUGUUGUUUAGAAACAGGAGACGAAGUCCCCCUAAGUCAGCAGCCCCGCUAGUUCCCUACCAUGUAGUACGAGAGUCUGAGUCCUACUCUCCCUACGAGGAACCAAUCUACGAGCGGCCUAAUGCACCUGAUCAAAAUGUCAUAUACGACGAUCCACGAGCAGUGCAGUACGUAGAACCAGAUGCAGAUCCAAUGUAUGUGCAGAGUGAUAGGGGGGAAGUGACUGAAUAUGUGCAGGCAGAGACAUGUGGUGAGCCGGGGUAUUCUGUGUUCUGUGGUAAUGCACAGGAACCUCAAGGGAACGGCUUUACUGACAUAGAUAAUAUCUAUGACAACAUUUGAGAGCAAUGGCGAGGAGGGGAUUUUUAAUUUUAACUUGAACGUUUUUAUUUUUAUCGCAAGGCGAAAUUACUUUUGUAUUAUUGUGUAAAUUUUUUGUGUUUGAAUGUUUGUUUUUAUCUUAUGUGUAAAACUGUUGAGGUUUUGUAGCUUUUAAAAGAAUGUUUUAAUGCAUGAAUAAAACCCAAGAAUUAAACUUUCAGGUCAGAAUAUUUAAGGUUUACUAGACGCAAACUCAAAUUCAUCGUGAUUGACUACACAUAACUC